CCUUCAUGGUCAACUUUAAUAGAAUAUAAUAAUCAGCAAUUUCUUUAGGUAUUUUAUUUAGCAGAUUUUCUUGAGAUUUGGAGAAUGUAUUUAAUACCUUCAGCUUUGUCUUGUUGACUACAUGUCUGAAAACUAGUUUCGGAAAAUGUGAUGGGCACUUGUGCCUAUUUGUAGGCCUGCUAUAAAUAGGGCCCUGCUGGCAACACAAGCACGCCUAAGUUUGACAAUUGCAGUCAGAGCUUUGCCUCUGGGACUCCACAGGACACCGAAAAGCCUAUUAAUGCAAAGCUCACACAAGUAAAAUACAGCAACUUCAAACCUGGGCUUGGAUAUAUGACAAGCUGAGCAUUUUUUACUCAAAGAGCACUCUUAUGUAGUAUACAUUUUUCUGUACAUUUUGUGGAAUAUCUGUUGAGUGGACAAUGACUUCCAGAAGACCAAUGACCCGUUCUUACUCUGGCAAUGGGAGGUCCGGGGGCAGCAACAAUGAGGAAGAGAUCAGCACCUCUAAUGGCCGUUUGGAGAGCUGCAACUACCUCUCCAAUGUGAGGCCAGAAAACAGCUACUCAAGGCAUUCUCAAUCCAGGUCAUCGAGGAGUACAUUGUUUGGUGUGAUGGCUCAGCUGACUGAGGACACCCAGCCAAUAUUUGAAAGCACCUUAAAGUCCAAGGCAGUGUCAGAGAACUCUAAUGUCAAGUUGACAUGUGUGGUUACAGGUAACCCAGCCCCAGACCUGAAGUGGUAUAGAGACGACAUGGAGUUGGACCGAUACUGCGGACUUCCAAAAUAUAAAAUUGUCCGCAAUGGAAAAACCCACACACUCUAUAUUUACAACUGCACAGUGGAUGAUGCGGCUAUCUACCAGGCUUCAGCCAGUAACAGCAAAGGCAUUGUCUCCUGCUCUGGGGUUCUGGAGGUAGGCACCAUGAGUGAGUUCAAGAUUCACCAGAGAUUCUUUGCCAAACUGAAACAGAAAGCAGAGAACAAGAGGAGGGAGUUGGACGAGAGCAGGAGGAGAGGCAAAGAGAGCAUCCAGAAGGAGCCUCGUGAACAACAGCCUCUCCGGUGCAGCCCAAUCCCCCCUCUGAGGAAGCGUCACACCCAAAUCCCUCCCUUUUCACCAUUGGAUGGGAAGGAGGACCCAUUCAGUCGGGGGGGAGCGACUGCAGGGCAGCCAGCAACUGCUGUUACAGAACCUAACUGGGUUAGUGAUGAAGUCAUUGAACUGCCUGCAGGGAGCAAGAUUCAUAACAAUGAUUUUGACAACAUGAAUAUUGUUACCCCGAAGCCCCCAACCCCAGAAACUGUUGCCAAAAAGAAGAUGAAGAUCUCAAAUGGGGUAGAUUCCGAUGUUGUCAGCAGUAACAGCAGUCAUACAGGAUCCAGCUCCAAUGAAAAUUCAUAUGACGGAGGGAUGAGUUUGGCACAAUUUUUGUCAGAGGCUCUUCAUUCACAGACUGAUGAAGAAAAGAUUGCUGCACAAGGGGAUGGCACUGCGACAGAGGAGACAAUGGAUCCAACGUUUGCUGUUUCUAAACCAGAUGCAGAGAAAGGGAUAGAGGAGAAGUGGAGAGAGAGGGCGGACAGAGAAAGGAUGUUUGGAAAAGAACAGGAAAGAGAAAAAAUGAUAGAGAAAGGAAUAUCAUAUGAAAUAGAAAAAGAACGAGCCAGAGAAGUCGAUCAGUUGCAAAGGAAAACAGCACAUAACGCUUCCUCAGAUGUCAAAACUGAGGCAAAGAUACACACCCACGAUUACCAUGACCAUCACCCCAUUCAAGAAACUCUUUCCAAUGUGCUCCACUCAGUCAAAGAUUUUUUCUUUGGUAAGAGUAAGAAGGAUAACCCUUCUCUUGAUCAUCAUGUGAAAGCUCAGGAGAAAGGUCAUCCAAUUAUCCCAUCACAACCAUUUGUGCAUCAAAAUCCCCAUCCACGGGAGCUAGAUACUCAACUGGAGGUGUAUCAAACCAUCACGGACAAGACUGUAUCCAUGGACGUAGAUGAGCCACAGAAAGCCCAGAUAGCUGUGAUACCACAGCAGCAACCGCUGCCCUUGGAGCAGUGGAACCCAACAGAACACAAACAUGGAAUUACAGUUUCACACUCAGAAAAAAAACAUUUAGCACCCCAAACGGCACUAGAGAGUGGGCUUGAUUCACUGGAGCAUGCAGAGCGGACGGCCUUGAACGUGUGUCUGGAGGUGAUCAAAAAUAAUACAGAGAAAGGACCAACAUCUGGCCCUCCAGCCCUCUAUGGGGCUGCCGAGGACCAGUUCCAGACGGACCCUGUCCCCGAAGUUGUUGUGUCAGUCCCUCAUGAGCCAAACAUCCAUGUGAUUUUUUCCAGGACUGAUCAGGUGACAAAAUAUGAUCACAACACUGAAGAUUUCAAAGAGCAGAGACUAUCUGGCUCAUCAUGGAGCCCAAACCCUAUCUUUGGAGAAGGUCUCCAUGUGUCAAAUGACACUUGUAUCAGUGUCUCACCCAGUGUCUCACCCAGUGUCUCACCCACAGUCAGCCCGGGCCUAGUGACAGUGACCACUGAAAGUGAGAAUGAAAAGGAAUUGCCAGAGAAAGAGAAGGAAUUGCCUGAGAAAGAGCAAGAAAUGCCAGAGAAGGGCACUGAAAGUGUUUAUGAGACACAUGAAGAGAAAGAUAAUGUCAAAGAAGAGAAUAAACCAUGGCCUGCUUUAAAUGUGAGUGCAGAGAUAUUUGCUGCUGUGGAAGAGAGAAUUGAAACAAGUGAUUUUAAAACACAAGAACAGCCCACUCUUACUUCGGAUCAUAAUGUUAAUACACAAGAUUUUAUAUCACUAGACAAGUAUGUUGAUGCUUUGCAAGAGAACGUAGAGACAAUUUCGUCAAAAGUACACAUAGAAUACAUCCCCGUUUUAGAGGGUGGAGAAAAGAUAAAAAAUGAGAGCCUGGAAGCAUCUUCUCCUACUUCGCCUCAAGAAACUUUUAAAAGUACAGAUGUAAAAAUACCAGAGGCAAGUCCUUCUAUGACAGCAGAGUGCAUAGAGGACCAUGACCUCAACACAAAACUUGCGGCAAAUUCAAAGGAAAGUAUUGAAAGUGCCUUUAAAGUUGAAUGCAUUCCUCCUUUAAAGAAAGAUUCAGUGAACUGUUCCUUUGGCACAAUGACAAUACAAGAACAGGUCACACCUCAUGUGUUGAAACAGUCUAUGGAACAAAAUGUGAGCUUGGAGAGAAAGGAAGUGUGGACCCACACUAUUGACAGACAGAUUGAAAUAGAAGAAACAGUGAAAGAAAUAAAGGAGGGUGAAUCGAAAAUCCAACAAGAGCCACAGUUUGAGAGAGACUCUGCCCUUGUGUCCACGGUAAAACCAGUAACUAGCCAAGAGGCUGAUGACAUCUAUCUGGGCGGGUCCUUUGGAAAUUUACCAGAGAUAACAGUCAUGGAUCCUGCUCUUAAAAUCCCAGAUCUCAAAUUAAGUCUGCCAGAACAACAGAUAAAAGAAGAAGAAAUUAUUAUACCAAAUAUAGAAAUUACGGAACCCGAAGUCAAAGAUCAUAUACAGCCAUUAUUACUUAUCAGACCUAAUGAAUCUCAAAAUGGGGUUGCAAACAAGCUGUCUAACACAAUGAUCACCGAAAAUAGUGCAUCUGUCAUCCCUGUGUUUAUAGAUGUAACACCCACACAAGAAAGUAUGUGGAACGAUGAUAUCCUCCAUCCAAUGGAGAAAGUGCAGGAAGUUACACAAUCAUUUGAAGAGGCAAAAACACCCAAAGCAGAGCAACCAACAGUGAUAAAGAGUGAGUGUCUCACAAUGAAAGACACUAAGUUAAUUCCUACAAUAAAUGUUUCCUUUACUGAAGACAGUCAACAUAUAAAAAAAGACAAUGAACACCCUCAUGUCAAGUCCACAGUUUUAGACACAGUAAAGAGAGAGGAAGCUCUCAAAUUACCUCUCAUUGUCACCCUUCCUAUUUCUGCAAUCUGUGAAAAUAGCCUUUCUGAAAGCUCAGAACUUCCUAAAAAUGAAUAUAAAGAUUCUGAUUCAGUGAGGCCUAUGCAAGGGGGGGUCAAAAGUGAUUUUGAGUAUUACAUUACCGUUGAGCCAGACAAAUCCCCUAGUAUUCCACAGAAACAGACUACAGAAACAAAAGAAAAGAGUGUGACAGCGUUGUCGCCAAAAGAAGUAGCAACAGUAAUCCACAAAGCUGAGGACACCGGCGUUACUGAAACUGAUAAGGUGAAACCACUCAAAGAGUCAAGGAUAGAGUCUUACAUCAUAGGCGAUGAACCAAGAGAAAGAACCUCGAUUGAGAGGCUGGCUGUCAAACCUCCAACACCCCCCAGGAGUCCUAGCAGCCUCCGCCGGUUGAUGUCCCGGACUCCCCCGGCAAUUACAGUAGACGACCUAGCUAACAACGAGAAGGCGGGCUCAGAGCCGAGUGGUGGAGACACACCCACAUCCUCCCUGUCAUGUGAGAGCAGCCCCAGGCUGAAAAGGAGGGACAGCCUGACCCUCAUCCGCUCCGCCACACCUGAGGAGCUGGCCUCUGGAGCUCGACGCAAGAUCUUCAUCCCCCGGGAGGGAGAAGGGGUGGGGGUUGUGGUGGCGUUAGGUGUGGGUGGUAGUCCACUGGACACCCAGGUCAAGAAAGAGGCUCCCUACAUGUCGCCCAAUCAAGCUCGUAGGGCAGCGUUCCUGCAGGCCCCAGCAGGCUCACAGACCCCACCGCUGGAGAGGCGCUCCCCUCUGCUGGGCCGUAAGAAGGCCACCCUGGAGGUUCCCAAAGUUGGGGACCAGGCCAGCACAGAGGAACCAGAGAGCCCCAAGACUGAGAUCAAACCUGCCGAGAAGGAGAAAUUGAACCCCUUCAAAGCUCCUCAGGUAAUCCGUAAAAUCAGGGGAGAGCCCUUCCCAGAUGCUUCAGGACAUUUAAAGCUCUGGUGCCAGUUCUUCAACGUGCUCAGUGACUCUAUCAUCAAGUGGUACAAGGACGAGGAAGAGAUAGUGGAGGUGAAAAGAAGUGCUGGAGAUGAAAGCCAAGUAGCCCUGGCCAUCGUCCAGACAUCCAGUCAAGAUUGCGGGGUGUACGGCUGCACAAUCAAGAACGAAUUUGGGACUGAUUCCACUGACUUCCUUCUCAGCGUAGACAUUCUUUCAGAGUACUUCUUGCGGGAGGAUUUAGAAGUUGGAGAAGAGAUAGAAAUGACUCCAAUGUUAUUCACCAAAGGCCUAGCAGACCCAGGUUACUGGGGGGAUAAGUUAUUUGGACGCAUAAUGACACUGGAAGCCCACCUGGGAGAGGGCUGUGUGCACAAGGCCUGCAGGGCAAAGGUCAUCUAUGGCCUGGACCCUGUUUUUGAGUCUGGAUCAACGUGUAUCAUUAAAGUACAAAACCCCAUUGCUUAUGGGACCAAAGAAGAGAGCAACCUUGCAGAGAGAAACAUGGAAAUGACUAAGCAAGAAUGCAAAAUCCAAAAUACAGUUCGGGAGUAUUGCAAAAUAUUUUCUGCUGAGGCGAGGGUGAUUGAAAACUUUGGCUUUUCACUGGAAGUGAGCCCUCUCUAUCUGAUGUACCGCCCUGCCAACUCAGUCCCAUAUGCCACUGUGGAGGUUGACCUGAAGGGCAUCUUCCUUAAGUAUAGCACGAUGGACGCGAAAGGCAGGCUGAUCACAAGAGCCACCUCUGAGGUGGAAAUGAAAUGCUGUUCCUUCCAGCAUUGGAUCUACCAAUGGACAAAUGGCAACUUACUGAUCACCGGGCUGGAGGGUGUUGGCCCAAAGAUCACAAACAUCAGAAUUGUUACAAAAUCAAAGGGCUAUCAAGGCCUUACAGAAGAUGGCUCUCCUAAGGUGUUUGAGCAGUUCCAUACCCAGCAUCAGUGUAAUUACUACUGUGGGCUUCUCAGCCUGAGAACCCUGAAAUCCAUGGACACCUUGCUGCAGCCCCCCAAGACCAAAGGCUCGCGGAGUCCCUUGCUCAACAAGAAGUUGGGCUCAACCAGCCCCCAGCUCAACAAGAAGUUGGGCUCAACCAGCCCCCAACUCAACAAGAGGUUGGGCUCAAACAGCCCCCAGCUCAACAAAAAGUUGGGUUCAACCAGCCCCCAGUUGCAGAGAAAAGGACAGAACAGCCCCUUGACAGGCAGAAAAGCCAACUCCAGCCCUAAAGUUCCUAGAAAGGCUGGGGAGUCGGAAGAAAACAAGUCCACAGCCGAACCCAAGUCAGAGGAGAGUAUCGGAGUUGUGGUAUGAGAUAGAAACUUCAAAAGGGAAUACACCUUCCUUUUCCUUCCAGACAUAAAAAAUAUUUUUGUGUUUUCCCAUCACCUUUUGCUGCAUUUAGUUUGGUUGAAGCUGUAGGAAAACAAGCAUGGCCAUGAACACAUCUGACAAAACUUAUUUGUUUAAAUCUAGGGAAUAGAAGUGACUAUCUGGUGGUUAUGUUACAUUACUGUGAAUCCCCAUCAGUAGUGAAAUUCUCAACUUCUCUAAUUUUACUGUUGGACUUCUGAACUGAUUUUAAUGAGUACAGCACAUUUAAGAUAUCUUCAACGUACAGUACAAUGGAAAUUCUACAUAUGGUAGUUAUUCACCUCAGGUCCAGAAUCAUGUACUCUGUCCUCUGCUAAAGGAAAAGAGACUUAUAAAGUGGCUUUAAUAAUGGUGUUGGAUUAUAAGUAAUGUCCAUAAACAGAACUCUAUAGCUAAGUGCUUCUUUUUUUAUUAUUACAGUAUUUUGUUUACGCAUUGCAUUCUUCUGAAUAAUAUACAAUUACGACACUUCUCUUUUGUCUUUACUGGGAAAUUCUGUGUGUCAAUCUUUUUUUGUUUUUUGUCUUUUAAAACUUGGCAGUUUUUUUGUGGUUCAGUUCAUUAUUGUUGAACUUUUUUAAUAUAACUGUAAUGUAUUAAUUGGAAUUUUUUAUUUUUUCACAAAACUGACAGUAACAAUCCCUUCCUUUUGUUCCUCAAAGGACUGGCAUUAGUUGUGACAUGGAACAAAAAAGUAUUGCGUUGUUGAAGCACAGUAAGGGCCUAACAGAUGUUAUGUAACUUGGGAUUUCUGUGUUAUUUUAACACAUGGGUCAACUUACAAAAGUGUAGAGCUAUAAUAUUAAAAUGAUGUAGAAACGGUUUCAGUGUGGACUCCCGAUGGCACAGCAGUUUAAGGUCACAGCAUCACAGUCAACGGUGUCAUUGCAGCUGGGAGUUCAAAUCCUGCUUGCAGUAUACCAACAGUGCUAGGGGUCUCGCUAAUGCAAAUUGGUUCAGUACUGUUUGCUGUGGAUGGGUAGCAAGUCGUGGUCUAGCAAAUCCUUGUGGCAUCUUGUACCUGAAAACUCAAAUGUUGUUUUUUGCUGGAGCGUGCACUCCUGCAAGUGCAUAUGUUCUGGUGAAUAUUUACUGGUUGAUCUUUCACUGAAACAAACCCGCUAUGCAUUGUUGCUGAGUUUGUUGCUAAAAGUUUGCAAAAUUGGGAGAACAUUUCAGAAACUUGUUCCAGUCCUAUGGUCUCAAAGCAUUCAAAUAAUUUACACUUCGAUAGUUUUUGUAUUCAUUUAUAGACAACAAAUCUGCUGAUUUUUCUGCAACUAUAUGAUAUGCAUUAAAUUGUAGAUCACUGUGGAAAAAAUAUUGUUUCAGAAAAUUGUGUCUGAUGUGAAUUGAUCACCCCCUUAAUGGGGUGAUAUCGUCAGGAGUUGAAGCGUGUACUGACUGACUGUUUGACUGUCUGACUGACUGUUAGUGUGUGUUUGUGUGUGUGUUUAUGUGUGUGGGUGAGUGAGUGAGAGAGAACACAAAAGGUAGACAAAUAGUGUUUGAUAUGUUGUUGGAGUGCUAUGCUGUCCAUGACACUAAUAUUUGGUAUGUUAUGUUGUGCCAACUGAUUUUGUAAAAUAAAUAUGUACAUACUAUUAUUGUCAAACA